AUGCCCGUCCAUGAGGGAGCGAAGACCUCCGGCAAGAUCGAAACACGCCUCUUCAUCAACAAUGAAUUUGUCGAGUCCAUUAGCGGCAAGACGUUCGAUGUCUUCAAUCCAUACAGCGAAGAGAAGGUAGCAAGUGUCUACGAGGCACUGCCAGAAGAUGUCGACAAAGCUGUUGAUGCAGCCGAAGCUGCAUUGCCGGCUUGGGAAGAAAUGGGCGCGAUCGCUCGUGCAGAAUACUACUACAAGUUGGCAGAUCUGUUGGAGGCUGCUGGUCCUGAGCUUGCAGAGUUGGAGUCCAAAGAGACUGGACAGCUUGCUUCUCGAUACAGGGAGAACGCUGUUGGAGCAAAGGGGUUGAGGAUGUUCGCUGGCCUUGCAUCGGAUCUGAAUGGUGCUACAUCUUUGGCUAUGCCCGGUCAUGUCAACAUGGUCAUCCGUCAGCCAUAUGGUGUCUGUGGUGCGAUCGUACCCUGGAAUGUCCCCAUCUUGGCGGCUAUCUUCAAGAUGGGUCCAGCAUUGAUCGGAGGUAACACGCUUGUGCUCAAGUCAUCUGAGAAGUCACCUCUCACCGCACUUGUGCUAGCCAGACUGGUCAAGGAAGCUGGAUUCCCACCUGGUGUCUUCAACGUCUUGAGUGGCUACGGCAACCCGGCAGGUGCAGCAAUGGCAUCCCACAUGAAGAUCCGCAAGAUUGGCUUCACCGGAUCUGCUAGAACUGGUCGUCUCAUCAAGGAAGCUGCAGCCAAGUCGAACCUCAAGCGAGUAUCACUCGAGCUCGGCGGCAAAUCUCCACUCAUCAUCUUUGAUGACGCCAAUCUGGAAGCAGCCAUUCCUGCGGCAGCUAUCAGCAUCAUUGCCUUGACCGGACAGGUCUGCAUUGCAUCUUCCAGACUCUACGUCCACUCGUCGAUAGCAGACGUGUUCCAAGAGAAGCUCAUUCAAGCUAUCAAGAAGAUGUCUGCGAACUCACCAGAAGGCGUUGACCCUUCCUCACCAGAGGCCAUGCACCAGCCUCAGGUCGACAAGGCACAGUUCGAGAACGUCUUGAAAUACAUUGAGCUCGCCAAGGAGAGUGGUGGAGAAAUCGUCCUCGGCGGCAAGAGACAAACGGAGAAGGGCUACUUCAUCGAGCCCACAAUCAUUCGCAACCCAGAUCACGACAGUCGCGUCUCAAAGGAAGAGAUUUUCGGCCCCGUACUCUGCUUCAACACGUUCGAAGAUGAGGAUGAAGUUAUGAAGAGAGCCAAUGAUAGUGAGUACGGAUUGUUCGCGAGCUUGUACACCAAGGACAUCUCGAGAGCAAUGAGAAUCGCCAAAAGAUUUGAGAGCGGUAUGGUCGGUGUCAACACGACUUCACCAAUGACGACUGCUCCCGAUAUGCCUUUUUCAGGAUGGAAGGCUUCGGGUGAUGGAGUUGAUCUCAGCAAGGCAUCUCUGGAUCUUUGGACACAAAUGAAGACGAUCUACAUCAAGAUCUGA